AUGGCGGGAAGGGUAGAAGCUUCUCUUACAGAAGGAGAAAGCACCAUUGAAGAAAGAGACAGAGAAGCUAUGAGGGAAUUUGAGGAGGGACUCGAUCAACCCAUGGACGAAGAAGCUAAUAUGCUCAAGAAUAUGAACAAAGAAAAGGGCUUGUCGAUGUUGAUGCUACUGAGACUAUCAUUCCAAAGUUUAGGGAUAGUUUAUGGCGAUCUAGGGACUUCUCCAUUGUAUGUGUUCUACAAUACAUUCCCUAAUGGAAUUGAUGAUAGUGAAGAUGUGAUUGGAGCUCUUUCUUUGAUCAUUUACUCUCUUCUGCUUAUACCUCUCAUCAAGUAUGUGUUAAUUGUAUGCAAAGCUAAUGAUAACGGUCAAGGUGGGACUUUAGCUAUAUACUCAUUGCUUUGUAGACAUGCUAACGUGAAUCUCAUCCCGAAUCAGCAACGCAGCGAUGAGGAUCUGAGUACUUAUAGUCGAACUUUAGUAGCUGAAGGGUCCUUUGCUGCCAAAACAAAGAAAUGGUUGGAGAGUAGACAUUCAAAGAAGAGAUCCCUUCUUGUCAUUGUUCUUUUAGGGACAUGUAUGAUGAUAGGUGAUAGUAUCUUAACCCCAGCCAUCUCUGUUCUUUCAGCUACUGGUGGAAUCAAGGUCAACAAUCCAAAGAUGAGCAGCGACAUCGCCGUGUUUGUGUCUGUUGUCAUUUUAAUUGGACUGUUCAGUAUGCAACACUAUGGUACAGACAAGGUCGGAUGGCUCUUUGCACCUAUCGUUCUUAUUUGGUUCCUCUUCAUUGGAGCCACUGGCAGCCAGCUCUCACUCCUACUGGAUGUCCCACUCCUCAUCGCAUAUCAACCUUCUAAAAUCUACCUAGCUCUCACUCCUACUAGGUAG